GCACGCCAGAACGGUUCAGCGCGCCCGAGCCGGAUUAUCAGGAUACGCAGUUUGGGCGGCUGACGGGAAGGCAUCUUUUGAGCGGGAUGCGGAACGCGCUGGGGUCGGUGCAUAUCCCGGUGUUUGAGGAUCUGCAGGCGAGGGUCGGCGCUGCUGGGGAGUGUGGCGCGGACUGUGGGUCGGCGGCUCGAGCCCGGGCGGACGCGGGAGCUGGGAUAGAGGGCGGAGGGAUGGAGCCAGGGUGUUCCAAUCCAAGCCCGAAUCAGGAGGUGGAGGUGGAGACGCUGAAGCCGAUCCUGGCGACGCUCCGCCGCGCGCUGACGCCGUGGUGCCAGCUGAUGCUGCGCACGGCGCUCGCGGGGCCGCAUCUGGGGUGGCUCACGCAUCUCGGAAACGAGCCGUUCUCGUUCUGGUGCCGGUUUCUCCUGCGCGUCGUGCCGAUCGAGGACGGCGGGGACGUGGUCACGCGGGAGGAGAAGCUCGCUGCGCUCGAGACAAUGUCCGAGCUCAUGGUCGUCGUCUCGUGGUCGUGGUCCGCGUCGUUCGAGCUGCCUAUCCGGCAGGAGAUUCUCAAGACUGUCGAGGAGAUCAAGCUCGCGAUCGCGCUCGACCGUGAGCGGCUGCUCGCAGCUGCAUCCGCGUCUGAAUCGGGGAGCGCUGGGCUGUACACCACGCCGCCAUCGAACCUCAGCUCGUCGCCGGGUACGUCGGCGUCUGCAGGUAGAAGCAACUAUGGCGGGCAGGGAGACGGGGAAGGCGACACGCAGCGGCAGAACCGCAGGCGGCGGUUCGAGGGGCAGUAUGUUCUCCCUGCUGCGCUUGAGCUUCCGAAUGUGGAGGCGAUCAUGCGCGAGGCGGGUGUGAUGGACAUUGUCGAGGGUGCUUCUGGUCUUGCGAGGGUGUGCUAUGCGCCGCUGCGUGAUAGCGGUGGCCGUGUGGGCGGCGUGAUUAGUGGGAAGGAGAGUGUGUAUGUGCCUUUGUUGGAUGGCGGUGUUGAAGGUGGAAGUGGGGCGUUGUACCCGAGCGCGGACGCUACCACUGGCGCGUCCAUAUCCACUCAGUCAAUGCACGUUCAGGCUACCAUGCCGGAGCCGACGUACGAGCAGAGCUUGUGGUCGGACGAGUACUCGUUCGUGCCUCUAGACGGUGCUGCAUUCGUGUCCGCGCCCGGCAUGCAGACGGUGGUGCAGGAGGACGCUGGAUUCCCUCAGAGUCAGGAGCACGGGCAGCUCGACGGCGGUGUUAGCGGGCAGGGGUGGGACGAGCUAGGCAUGGAUCAGGAUUUUUGGGCGACGCUGGGCGCUGGGAAUGAUGGUGCUGGAGACGUGUAUGGGUCCGGGGAGGGGACGGCGGGGUAUUAUCGUGGUGUGUGAUAUAGGGUGUGGUUUGUUGUAGUUUAAUCUAAUCUUCAUUGCGGGG